AGCGCCACCUCUGGGAAUUUAUCCAACAUCCACAGUUGAAGUUGCAUAAUACGACAUAAAGUUAAUUUGUAAGCUUUGCUUUGUUUUCUGCUUCCUAAACCAGAUGAUCUGUCAUUGCGUUUCUGAAAGCAGUACGUGCGAGAGCGUGAACAACUAAGAGCGUAUUUGACUUAGCAAUUUAGCUUGCAUCAGGCUACAGCUGUUCUUAGAGGUACCGUAGCAUUAAGGUAACGUUGACAUGAAAGUGUGCAUCAUUGGAGCGGGGGUCAUCGGGCUGUCCACUGCUCAGAGCAUCUACCAACACUUCCAUGACAGGGUCUCCCAUCUUACCAUAGAGGUGUAUGCUGAUGUCUUCACUCCACUUACCACCAGUGAUGGGGCAGCUGGACUCUGGCAACCCUAUCUCUACGACAAAGGGAACAUCCAAGAAACUAAAUGGAACAAAGAGACGUUUGAUUAUCUACUAAGUUGCCUCAGCACUCCAGAGUCAGUAAAAAUGGGAAUCUUCCUCCAGUCCGGCUACAACCUGUGCCUGAAACCUGCACCGGACCCCUCAUUUAAAGAUUCUGUGUUGGGCUUUCGCCAGCUGACUAAGCGUGAACUAGAGAUGUUCCCUGGAUACAGCUUUGGGUGGUUUAAUACUGCCCUCAUGAUUGAAGGAAAAUCUUACCUACCCUGGCUUAUGGACUGGUUAAGACAAAGAAACAUCAAGUUUUAUCAGAGGAAAAUUGGCUCAUUUAAAGAGUUGGCAGAUAGUGGUGCUGAUGUUGUCAUCAACUGCUCCGGUGUCCGAUCCGGAGAUCUGCAGCCUGACCCUGAUCUUAAGCCAGCCAGAGGGCAGAUCAUUAAGGUAGAUGCUCCCUGGUUAAAGCACUGGAUCCUCACACACGAUUCCUCAUUAGGUGUCUAUAAUUCACCGUACAUCAUACCAGGGAGUCGUGUAGUCACUGUGGGUGGAGUGUUUCAAGUAGGAAACUGGAAUCUGCACAACACUUCAGCUGACCAUAAAGGAAUCUGGGAAGCAGCCUGCAAGCUUGAGCCCAGUCUGCAGCAUGCACGGAUAGUUGAGGACUGGACUGGUCUCCGGCCUGCACGCAGCAAAGUUAGACUGGAGAGAGAGACCAUACAAUCUGGUUCAAAUUUGUUUGAGGUGAUUCAUAACUACGGACAUGGAGGUUUUGGACUGACCAUCCAUCGUGGGUGUGCAGAGGAAGCUGCUCGGCUCUUUGGGGAGAUCUUAGAGCAGAAAGGCUGGCAAGCACACUCCAAAUCACGCCUGUAGAGUUUAUGAAUGGCAGUACAGGCUUAUCCAUGAUCGAAAUAGAUGUUAGCAGUAUUAUCACUAAUCAGAUAACAAUUCUCAUAAUGAUUCUAAGAGAUAUUGGAUUCCAUAAAUCAAAGAAUGUAUCCUAUACGACCGUGAUGUAAAUUUUCAUGUAUUAACCCUUAAAUGCAUGGGUGUUUCGCCAAAUAGUAUUACAUACUCUGGUCUUUAGUGACCCGGCACAUAUAUCUAUCACAAAUGGAUCUACAAAAUACUUAGAUAGUGUCACAUUUUCAAAACAAUUUCAAGGCAAUUAGAAAAUAUUAGAAUAGAAUAUAUUCUGAUAUAUUAUGGAGUUUUAUUUUUCAUACAUCAAAGAGAUGAUGCAUCCAAUAUAUAAAAGGAUUCAUUAAUUCCACACUGAAAUUUCAUGAGACGCAACUGGCUGUCAAACACAUAUUGAGCUACACAUUACCCAUAAUCUACACAAAAGCUACACUUAUGUAUUUUGUCAGGCAUUUUUUGAGUCUUAAGAAACACUCAACUAACAAAAACCAACUCAUACUGUUCAUGUGUUACACUUGCUAUAGUUUACUUGCACAUUGCUUCUUUGUCAAUUAGCAACGUCAAAUCUAAAGUAAGUCAAUCAAUCAAACAACAGCGCCAUCUUGAGUAAGAAAUGGCAUUUAUAAAAUGUAGGAGUACGUGCAUAUGGAAUACCGAUUAUUCAUCGUUGUCACACAGAAAAUCAACGUUAUAUAGUAGUCAUUUGUAUGAAUAUAGCUCUCAUUUGCAUUGUAAUAAACAAAUAAAUAUAUAUCCUGUAAUAAUAAACUUAUAUUAAAUCAUCUUAAAAAUAUGAUUUAUGGAAGUGCAAAAGAAAAAGUGACACUAUUACAUGUCACGGGUCUUUAAUGACCCUAUACACUUUUGGUAAUUAAGUAGUUAUAAAAAAUUUUUUUUUAUUGAUUUAAUUUUGUUGUUGUUAAACUAUUCAGAAGUGAAAGGUUGAGUAAAACUAAAGAGGUGUGGGCAUAACUCCAAAAAAGAUUUGAGGUAUGCGUUAGGAGUUAAAUUUGUAUGGUGCUGUAGAAUUACAAUGAUUGUCGGAACUGAAUUGCUUACAUUUAUAUGCACUAAUCUACAAUAAAGAGU